AUGUACACGGAAAUGCCGCCGAUAAAGAGGUGCUGCUGCGCACCCGCGGGAUGUGAACUCCUCGGGUGGGCGUAUUCUAAACUGGUUUUCAACAUCCUCUUAUUUGGCGGUGCUUUGAUAUGGCUCUCGUUAAUUUUUAUGUUAAUAUUAUUUACUUCACACGCCAUACACUUCAUUUUAAUGAUAGCAAUCGUGAUGAUUUUUGUCUUGCUUGAUAUAUUCUUCAGCAUAGUACUUAUUGUCGGCGUUCGUAAGAAACGCACAACCCUGAUAUGCCUCUACUACCGGUACGGAAUGGUUCAAGCGGUGCUUUUAACGGCACUAUUUCUUCUGAGUGUUGGGGUUUUUUGGGUCACUGUCGGCGAUAUUUCUCAGGACUCCGGUGAGGAGCAUAUCGUCAUCGUCUCGUCAGCCAUCUACUUUUUAUUUCUAAUCCUUCACGUCUACCUAAUGUUCUUGGUGCGCAAUGAGGUUAUGAAAUUGAAAGCGAACGGUGAGUUCCAUUUCGUGAACCAUGCCGCAGACCCCACGUGCGUCAUGCAAACCAUCGAUUUCCCGCCAACUGUCGAAAACAAUGUAGGGGUGACAGAAAAGAUUUUAUCU